GGCGGGGACUACGAGAGAGGAAGGGCGGGCCGGGCGAACGGCGCCGUGGGGUUGGCUGCUACCCUGAGGCUGGACUCAACGGAUUCGGGCCGCGCCACCGGGCGAGCUCGCCGCCCGGCCCGAACCCGGAGCCAGCGAGCGAGCGAGGCGGCGCCGCGCGAUUUGCUUGUAAAUGCAUCACGAAGAGGCAGCCCAGAAUGAAGAAAGCAAGCAGGAGUGUCGGCUCAGUGCCUAAAGUGUCUGGGAUAAGCAAAACGCCAAUCGUCGAAAAAACGAAACCCGACGCCAGUUCUUCAGCAUCUGCAGGAGGCACCAAACUUGUAAAACCCGGAACAGCAGCGUCUUUGUCAAAGACCAAAAGCAGUGAUGACCUUUUAGCUGGAAUGGCUGGAGGGGUGACAGUGGCUAAUGGUGUUAAAGGAAAGAAAAGCGCCUGCCCUCCCGCAGCAUCUUCAGCGUCUGCCCCUGCCAUGAGCACCGUGGAGAGCAAGUCCAAGAUCAGCACAGGCACAAGUUCUUCAACUAAGCGGAACACUUCCACAGGUAAUAAAGAAUCCAGUUCUACUAGAGAAAGAUUACGUGAGCGUACCCGACUAAACCAGAGCAAAAAACUACCUUCUGCAGGUCAGGGAGCUAAUGACGUGGCACUGGCUAAACGUUCCCGUAGUCGCACUGCUACAGAAUGUGACGUUCGCAUGAGCAAGUCUAAAUCGGACAAUCAGAUCAGUGACAAAGCUGCUUUGGAAGCCAAAGUGAAAGAUCUUCUCACACUGGCAAAAACCAAAGACGUGGAAAUUUUGCAUUUGAGAAAUGAACUCCGAGACAUGCGUGCUCAGCUGGGCAUUAAUGAGGAUCAUUGUGAGGGGGAUGAAAAAUCUGACGAGAAGGAAGCUAUCAUUGCGCACCAGCCGACUGAUGUUGAGUCCACUUUAUUGCAGUUACAGGAACAGAACACUGCCAUCCGUGAAGAACUCAACCAGCUGAAAAAUGAAAACAGGAUGUUAAAGGACAGGUUGAAUGCAUUGGGCUUUUCCUUAGAGCAGAGGUUAGACAAUUCUGAAAAACUGUUUGGCUAUCCGUCCCUGAGCCCAGAAAUCAUUCCUGGUAACCAGAGCGAUGGAGGAGGGACUCUGACUUCCUCCGUGGAAGGCUCUGCUCCCGGGUCGGUGGAGGAUCUCUUGAGUCAGGAUGAAAACACCCUCAUGGACCAUCAGCACAGCAACUCGAUGGACAAUCUGGAUAGCGAGUGCAGUGAAGUGUACCAGCCCCUCACGUCGAGUGAUGACGCCCUGGAUGCGCCCUCGUCCUCAGAGUCAGAAGGGAUUCCGAGCAUAGAGCGCUCUCGGAAGGGGAGCAGCGGGAAUGCCAGUGAAGUGUCUGUGGCUUGCUUGACAGAACGGAUACACCAGAUGGAAGAGAACCAACACAGUACGAGUGAGGAACUUCAGGCAACUCUGCAGGAGCUAGCUGAUUUACAGCAGAUAACCCAAGAACUGAACAGUGAAAAUGAAAGGCUCGGAGAGGAGAAGGUUAUUCUUAUGGAAUCGUUAUGUCAGCAAAGUGACAAGUUGGAACACUUUAGCCGUCAAAUCGAGUAUUUCCGCUCCCUUCUAGAUGAACAUCACAUUUCUUAUGUCAUAGAUGAAGAUGUAAAAAGUGGACGCUAUAUGGAGUUGGAACAACGUUACAUGGAUCUAGCUGAGAAUGCCCGUUUUGAGCGAGAGCAGCUUCUUGGUGUCCAGCAGCACUUAAGUAAUACUUUGAAGAUGGCAGAACAAGAUAAUAAGGAAGCCCAAGAAAUGAUAGGGGCGCUCAAAGAACGUAAUCACCAUAUGGAGCGAAUUAUUGAGUCUGAGCAGAAAGGCAAAGCAGCCUUGGCCGCCACAUUAGAGGAGUACAAAGCCACAGUGGCUAGUGACCAGAUAGAGAUGAACCGCCUGAAGGCGCAGCUGGAGAAUGAAAAGCAGAAAGUGGCAGAGCUGUAUUCCAUCCAUAAUUCUGGAGACAAAUCUGAUAUUCAGGAUCUUCUGGAGAGUGUCAGGCUGGACAAAGAAAAAGCAGAGACUUUGGCUAGUAGCCUGCAGGAAGAUCUGGCUCAUACCCGAAAUGAUGCCAAUCGACUGCAGGACACCAUUGCAAAGGUAGAAGAUGAAUACCGAGGCUUCCAAGAAGAAGCUAAGAAACAAAUAGAAGAUUUGAACAUGACGUUAGAAAAAUUAAGAUCAGAAUUGGACGAAAAAGAGACAGAAAGGAGUGACAUGAAAGAAACCAUCUUUGAACUUGAAGACGAGGUAGAACAACAUCGAGCCGUGAAACUUCAUGACAACCUCAUUAUUUCUGAUUUAGAGAAUACGGUUAAAAAACUCCAGGACCAAAAACAUGACAUGGAAAGAGAAAUCAAGACCCUGCACAGGAGACUUCGGGAAGAAUCUGCAGAAUGGCGGCAGUUUCAAGCUGAUCUCCAGACUGCAGUAGUCAUUGCAAAUGACAUUAAAUCUGAAGCCCAAGAGGAGAUUGGUGAUCUGAAGCGCCGGUUACAUGAGGCUCAAGAAAAAAAUGAGAAACUCACAAAAGAAUUGGAGGAGAUAAAGUCACGCAAGCAAGAAGAGGAGCGAGGCCGGGUGUAUAACUACAUGAAUGCUGUUGAGAGAGAUUUGGCAGCCUUAAGGCAAGGGAUGGGACUGAGCAGAAGGUCCUCAACUUCCUCCGAACCAACCCCUACAGUAAAAACCCUCAUCAAGUCCUUCGACAGUGCAUCUCAAGUACCAAACCCUACGGCAGCUGCCAUUCCUCGCACACCUCUGAGUCCAAGCCCUAUGAAAACGCCCCCUGCGGCAGCUGUCUCCCCCAUGCAGAGACAUUCUAUAAGCGGACCAAUCUCUACAUCCAAACCCCUGACAGCCCUGUCAGAUAAGAGACCAAACUACGGGGAAAUUCCUGUUCAAGAACAUCUAUUAAGAACAUCUUCAACCAGCCGACCUGCUUCUUUGCCGAGAGUACCUGCCAUGGAAAGUGCCAAGACCAUCUCAGUGUCUCGACGAAGUAGUGAAGAGAUGAAACGAGACAUCUCUGCACCUGAGGGAGCGUCGCCGGCCUCUCUGAUGGCUAUGGGAACCACGUCACCACAGCUUUCCCUCUCCUCCUCUCCUACGGCAUCUGUGACCCCCACCACCCGAAGCCGGAUAAGGGAAGAAAGGAAGGACCCUCUCUCAGCACUGGCAAGAGAAUAUGGAGGAUCAAAGAGAAAUGCUUUGCUGAAGUGGUGUCAGAAGAAAACAGAAGGCUAUCAGAAUAUUGACAUUACAAACUUUAGCAGCAGCUGGAACGAUGGGCUGGCCUUCUGUGCUCUCCUGCAUACCUACCUUCCAGCACACAUUCCAUAUCAGGAACUGAACAGCCAAGAUACGCGAAGGAACUUCACCCUGGCCUUCCAGGCGGCUGAGAGUGUCGGCAUCAAAUCCACACUGGACAUUAAUGAAAUGGUGCGAACUGAACGGCCCGAUUGGCAAAACGUUAUGCUGUACGUGACGGCAAUCUACAAGUACUUCGAAACCUGAGCACAUCUGGAGGACCCUCCACAGUUACCAAGCGACACCAACGCCAUUAGCUACGCGCCCCGUAAAGCUUUCAGCAACUCUCUAGGCUGCCCCUAAGCGUGUGAGCCUUCAGCCCAAGGCCUCCAAGUCACGAGAACUGGGACCUAUGUGGCCCCGGCUCAGACCAGCCUCCUCCCACAUGACCUGUCCACUCAGAGAUCAGCAUGGGUGCAAUAACCAUUGCGCACGCUGAUUUGCUGCUGGAUUUUUUCUUCUGACGAGAACACUGAACUCUGUUAGUGUUGUGGGGUAUUAAAACAAGGCUCGUGCACACACAGCUAAACUUGGGGAGGGGGAUUAAAUGAUGUGGGCAGCUCGCAGGGGUUAGUGAAAGCUUUACCCACAGCACUGUUCACUCCUCGCCAGUGCAGGUUCUGUCACCAUGUGAAACACGUGGGGAACUUGGUGCCUGACAGGUUCCUGCUUCGCGGCACCAGGCCAGUGGGCCUCGACCCUUCAUGGGCUUGGUUUCAAGGAGUGUGUCACUACAGCAGUGGGACAUCCACCCUCUCCAUGUGACAAGGCUGUCACAGCCAACACAAUGUAGGUGUUUGCAGCUUAACAGUUGAUGAAGACUCGGUUCCCCGUUCUGCCUUUGAACAAUUCACGCAGCUGGGCCUCUACCGUCAGGGCCUCUGUCAUCGGGACCCUCUUGCUGCUGCUCUGCCAACCUGUCCAGCCUUGAAGGGGCUUGGAAAUCCAGCUCAGAUUUUAGGUUUGUUUUUUUAAUUGCUUUUCUCAUGAGCAAGAUUGGAAAAUAGCUCCUGUUUUGUUAGUACCAAAGUUCAAUUGUUUCAGUAAGCAUAGAGAUAGAACACAAAAUCUGAGCGUUAGCAUGGUGAAAGCCAGGAAUGAAGUUGGAAGUAGCUGGAGAAGAAGCUAAACAACUUGAGGGAGCCCAGACAGGAGAAUUUGAAGUUACUCUGAGUCACUUGGAUGUAAUCCUCCUAGGCAAGAAUUUAAGGAAGUGCCUUAACGCUCCUUGUAAGGGCAGCCAUCGUAUAGAGGCUCUCGGAGGCCACCGCAGCCCAGUGACGGAGUUGGUUGGUCCCCUACCAUGCUGCUCUCUCGACGUUCCAAGCAACAACAGCCACACUACAACCCCUCUGCACAAUUUGAACCAAAGCCUUAUUACGAGGUGUUCUGUCAAGGUGACUCUCAGACUGGGACUCAGCCCUUCUUGGCAACAGGGAGCCCAUGACUCAUGUGCGCCUGACACGGGCUCUUGGUUUGAACAGUGUCAAGACCUGUUGCUUCCAGAAUACAACUACGUUUGUCACCUGCAAAGUAGCAUGAGGAAGAGCUGCUACUAGUGGAGGCAGGAUGGCUGCCCCUGCCACGGGAUGCAAGGAGGGGACUCGGAGAAAGCCACUGGCCCUCGUGUGAGCUGAGGGUUCUGCAUUCAAGCGUGAUGUUCUAGACUAAGAGUUUGACUUGUCUAUAGCCUAGAAAAGAAUGUGACGAUUCUGAACGGGCUGUGCAUGUAUGUGCACCUGCUGGCCCAAGGUCACCAAAUGGCCAAUAAAUGCCCAUGUUCCCUGCCCAGAUGUCCCAACCUGGCAGUUCCACCUGCUGCCUGGACUGGAGGCUUUUUGUGAAAUGCCCAAUUGCAGCUAAGAAAGGAGAGGCUGGCGAGCAGAGCCCAGCCCCCAAGCACACAGGAAGACCCUGGUAGACGCCUGUCCCCGUCCUCACUGCCUGGGUUCUGUUCUUAUUUCUGUUGCUCUGUUGACAGGUGCCCCAUGCUGUCAGCUGGCGGACUGUUAAAGUGAGAGUCACUGUCUUUAAUGUGUCUCCACUUGGUUCUUUGAGCCCCCAUUUUGCUCCCGUUUGCCCUCACAGAGGCCUGUGCACCUGUCUGGACCCAGUGUGUCUGAUCUGCAGCCAUGUUUUUGUUUAUUUAUUAUGUUGGGGGGGCUGUCUUGUCCUAUGAAGGAGAAGACUUUCUUGGGUCUACAGUUCACACUUUAGUUCCUUUCUAGCCAAGUGAGCUGGCCCUAGCGGCUCAUGCUGUGGGGAGGCUGGUGUCUUGGAGGAAGGCAACCACUGUUGGUGGCUGUGUCCCGUGACUGGCAUUACCCAGCAUCGUGCCCUGGUGUCGGUGACAGGCCAGAGGGUGGCUGCGGGGCUUGGCCAAGGCCCAGCCUGUCUGGGGCCCCUCCUCUGCCUCCCUGACAACAGGCCAUGCAGGGGUGCCUAGCCAGGCUGCCCAUGUCUUCACAUGGGUCCACAGGUGAGAUUUCAAAAGCGUGACUUUUUGCCUUUUUCUAAUAGGAUCCUUAUAACACUUGGCUUUAUGGGAUGAUUGUAGAUGGUCACAUAUACCUAAAAGUGAUACUCUGAGGUGCUUUUAGUCCAGUGGCAAUUGAUGUGAAGCCUCUAGGAAGUCAUUUUGCCUUGUUUCCCUUCAGGCACAAGCUUUAGCGCAAGAGGGCCAGUUAGAAUUCUAUUUCUCUCGCCCACGGGCUUCUGCUGACAGUACUUUUUUAUUCUAUUAAAUAUUCUUGAAUGUAUUAAAAUUGCUGAAACAU